AUGCUCGAACUGCUCUGCGUGUGCGUUCGUUUUGUUUGUUUGCUUAGAUUUUUGGUGGCACUUCAGGAAUGUGGUGCAAAAAGUGAAGUACAAGAAACAUCAUCUGACGAACUUAAACUUACUACUGCGAAUAAGGUGACCUGCUCAGAGAGGCAACAGUGUGAUGAUGGAGAUGUGCAUAUUAAAUUACGGAAGCUGGUCUACAUCCUGGAAUCAAGCGAGGACAGGGAAGAGAAGUUAGAGGCCCUUCGGCUCAUAUCCGUACUGGCCGACUCCAUUCCAGAUAAUGACAAAGAUGCAUCUCCCAGCUGUCAGACGAGUUUCAGUGUCGACGACAUCCCGCUACCUACCUCAUCAUCUACGUCAUCAUAUCCAUCAGCCACCAAUGAUAUUCCACUUCCUGGAAGUAUACAACUGGAUGAUAUUCCCAUUCCAGACAGCAGCAAGUCAGCGACAACGAGCAAACUGUUGAACAACAGCAGCAACCACCACCGCCACACUGUGGACGAUGACGCCACCGCCAUCACAAAAACAAGACUCGGUGUCGUCAAAUUGCACAAAUCCAAAAUGACGCAGCUCUCUACUUCGACAGUAACGAGGCCUUCCUUGCUGGAACUCAUGUCCGGUCAGAUAUUGAAAGGGACUCCUAAGAAAUUUUCUAGACUUAAAACUACGCAACUAAUAAAAAAACCCAAUGUUCAGAUUGAUAGUAACAAGAAAUUAACUAAAAACGACAAUUUCAGUGUUAAUAAUUCGACCUCUAAUGAUUUACUAGGUAGUGCUAAUCUUACCAAUUGCAACAGUGUAUCGAAUGCAGUGACAUCUACAAAGGUCAGCCAGGGUAACAAUAACAGCAACAGUAACAACGGUGAUUCUCUUGCUGCUAGUAGCAGCAAGCCAAAUAAUUUUUUCUCUAGUUCACAUCAGCAAAGUACGCUCUGUGUUAAUUCAAGGAGGUUAGAAAUUCAGCAGCGAAUUAAUGCAUGGAAGGAUGAAUUGAUGAAUGAGAUGGAUAAAGAGAAGAAGAGGAGUAAGAGGAUGAGGUACAGUUCCAAUCAGUCUGAUGAUUACAUUGUUGAGGAUAUAAAGUCUGCCAAGUCAUUUUAUGAUAGCAAAAAUAAUCUUCUCCCUACCUCCAAAUUUCCAUUUAGUCCAUUGCCCAACCCUAAACUAGAAUCUAAUACCUCCACUAAGCAAAACCCUCUAAACAACAACAUUAAAUCUUACGGUAACAACAACAAUGCAACAACAACAAGCUCUAAUUCGGUUUCUACUAAUAAUCCACUGAUUGAUAACUACCACAUGUUCGUUCGAGGCAAGCGAAAAGAUCCCAAAUAUUUCUGGCCCAUUGAGUUAGUCAACUGGACAUCAGCAACUCCAUCCAUUUCUUUCAGUUGCAAUCCUUUGUAUUUUAACUUUUCCAAAGCAUGCAGAGUUAAAACACUGGUGAAAAGUACUACUCCCAUCUCUGAGAAACCAAUAUCUGAGAAACUCGAGAAGAAAGAAAGUCAAUCAGCACCAUUGAACCCUCAAAAGAAAUUAAAAACUAAUUUACCAUCACUGACUUCUGACAGCGUAGCAGAGAUGAAGAGAGUUUGUUCCCAGUUAGAGAGAAAAGAGAAGCAGGGCACGGAUAGGCUGCAGUUGAAAUGCACAAAUGGAUUCGAUGACGACUGCUCCGCCCCAUCCGUUCUCGGCAAGUGGGACUCCAGUGAUGACGAUAGCGACGACGGAAAGAUGCAAAAACUUCGAGUAGAGCCGGAGCCGAAAGAGAAAAUAGAGAAGAAUAUUAGAAAAAGAAGUCCCAGCCAUGAAAGUCGAAACACUUCCGCAACUGACCAUUCCUCAUACAGAUCGAGAUUGUCUAGUUAUUCCGACAGUAGUAGUAGAAGAAGAGACCACUCUUACAGCAGCAGCAGCUCGAGAAGUAGAUCAAGAUCAUAUUCAUCCUACUCAUCUCGAGGUAGUCGCCACAGCAGAGGAAGGAGGAGGAGAAGAAGUAAGCACGAUUCGUAUAAAAGUUACUCCAGGUCAUACAGUAGAAGUUAUUCCAGAUCCCAUUCAUCCAGAGGUCGAUAUUCAACUGGAAGUUCGUCGAGUUACUCACGGAGUCGGAGUAGGAGUUACACAAGAUCUAGAAGUAAUUCUUCCUACAGAAGGAGGAAUGUGUACUUCAGUCGGAGAUCUAGGUCACCGUCGAAAAGUUCUGUUAGAACUAUAACUCAAAAGGUUCUUCCAAAUAAGUCGAAAAAAGUUAAUGUUAAAAACCAGUCAUCGGCAUCUGGUAACGAUGUUUCAGAAAAAAUUCCAGCAAGUAUAAAAAUUAAGAAAGAACCCAAUGUGGAGGCUGAUGCUAGCGUUCAAAAUUAUUCCGCAUCAUCAGCUGCUCUUAAAAACGAUUCCACCGUUCAUAAUACCGGUACAAGCACUGCCACUACAUCUCUACCUCCAAAACCUCCCUUCAUUGGUCCUACCAUUCCGGCAGAUCAUUCUAAAUUGGGAAUGCAUGAUAUCCCACUUCCUAAAAAAGAUCUAUCCAGGGAUGAAAUUUUUCAACCAAUUGGUCCCAAUGACCCUUUAGUGUUUAAAAGUGCAUCUACAAUUGAAAGCAGCAACAACAACAACAAGGAUGAUAACCCUGACGAUGAUGAUGAUGAUAAUAAGGAUGCUGGUCAGUUUGACAAUUCAUUCAUCAUACCUCCAGAGCAGAUGGACAAGUACAAAAAUCUCAUCCAACAAGCUGAAAGACAUGCUAAGAAGAUUUUAGGUGGGAAGGUUGAUGAUAAAGUUGUUGAAGUAAAUGUUCCAAAGUCGAAACCAGAAACUAUUGUUGAAGAUGUUUCAAACUACAACGGGAGCAAUCCCCAUCAACAGUUAGUGAAGGAAUUGUACUUGGAACAUAUGGCCGCCAUGAUGGGGAUGGAGCGAGUGGUAGCCCAACCUUCCAUGAUUCCCAUCAUUCAAGUAGGGUCAUCUCUGGUUCAAACCCUUCCCCAAACCGGGCCUUCCGUGAUCGUGUCAAAUGCAGCCGAUCUUCCAAUCACAGCUGGUUCAAAUUUAAGCCUGAACAAAGAUUUAAUCAUUCAAAAGCAACGUGAUGCCAUUCAUAAACCAGUUGUGUCGUCAUCAGCUUCGUUGUCGUCCGCAGAUGAGGAGACAAAAGAGGUGAAAACAGCAUUAGAAGCGCAGAACGCAGCUGCAUCAAAUUCAGUUGUUGAGCCCACUUCGUCAUCGUCGACACCAACCGCAGCAACAUCUCGAGAGAGUGUGUUGGUGAGUGAAGACCACAGAUUUCCCAUAUUCCGAGUAGAUGACCUCGACUGUCAACAUUUGAUUGCCACGGGGGGCAAUCUCGAGGGCCGAAUCAUAAACAGACCUGAGUGGGUCCAGGUCGUUCAGAUACCCUCUCAACAUCAACAAAUAUUGAUCCACCACCAACAACAGCAGCAGCAACAACAACAACAACAAUUGCAACAGCAGCUACUACUGCAACAAAUACAGCAACAACUGCAGCAACAGGCUGGCUUGAUACUUGCACCGGCAUUUCACCAGCCACAGAUAGGAGUACCCAUCGUUAAAAGAACAGUCAGAGGGGGCCUUAUUUUUGGAGAGCAGAAGAACCCGACAAUAAUUCAGCUGCCAAAUGGACAACUGGUCACCCCAACUAUCAUUGGUGGGCCAGCGCAAGUCAUUGGGCAGCCGGCCCCACAACCGGCAUACCCUGUGUUACUCGGCGCCAACGGUCAACUUUUGGUUCCUAGAUUUGUUUAAUCGUUAAUGCCAUUGUUUGAAUUUUUUUAAUUUCAAUUUAAUUUUAUUUACCCUGUGAAAUUUUUUCCAGUUCCCAUGUUUCGGUUUCGUUUUCUAUUCCGAAUCUAUCGUCCUUUUGUUGAAUAUCUCGAAAACUUUCAGUUUAUUUGUUAUUUAUUAUUGUGCUGAUUCGAUUUGUAACAUUUGUCGGUUCAUCACAUCUUCUUCAUCUUCAUCAUCGUCACAGAACUCAUAUCAUAUUUCUAUAUAAAUGAUGAAAUAGACAAAACCAAUUGUAGAGACAUUUUUCAUGAUUUUAUUUGCAAUAAUUAUAAAAUGUAAAUACUAUAAAAAAAAUUAUUAUUAUUUAUAUUUUAAUAAAGUUUUCAUUUUCAUGAAAUAAUUGAACGAAUUUGCACUGAACGAUAAAGGCUUAGUCUUGAAGGCUUAUCAAUAAUACUUAAUGUAUACCAUAUAGAUACAAAGUAUGAAACCAGUAUAAUAAAAAUUAUAACCAUGUACAGUAAUCUUUUGAGAAAUAAGAAUUUGAUAAGAAUACUAAAUGAUACACACAUAAGCAAACAAACACACGAUACAUACGUCAUUCGGAGAUAAUAUUUCAGACGCUAAUGCUGACGAACAUGAAAUGAAUGUGGUUCUAAACAUUUCACAUAGCUAUCAAUAAAUUGAUAAAAAAAAACAUUAAAAGAACAAUAUAAAGAUCCUUAAAUUUAAUUGCAAACACGAACGUAUAGAUGAACGUUUUCGGGAUUGUUAGGUAUAAAAAUAAAAACAAAAUGAAGCCAUUGAAAUUCUAUAGAUAGGAAAAUUUUAUUCAAAUCCAACUUAUUGACUCUUGCCAACAAAAUUAUAACCAUAAACUAUAAUAUAGAAUAAUUUAUAAUUAUAAACUGAAAAAUAAGAAGAAAUGACUACAGAAAGCCAUACUGGCAUUCAAACAGAUGAGUAGAUGAUAAUAUAUUAAGCGAUAUAAUGCAAUGGUACUUUAUAGAAACAUUGCAAUACAGCAUCGUCAAAAAACUACGUAAGUGUAUUUGUCGGCGUAAAACCAUAUAUAGAAAAGUAAUAUAAGUAUCCAAUGUAUCUAUAUAUGCAUAUAUACAUAAAAUACAAAACCUUUCAAUACGUAUAUAUGCGUAAAGGUUUUGUUUACUGAACACAAAAUUACU